AUGAAGAAGCACUUUUACAGAUCAUUGGAUGGACAAAUUAAGGAAAUUGUUUACAAUGGAGUUCACAACCAUCCUCAGCCUUAUUCUACAAGAGAGUCAACCUCUCAACCAAUUCAAGCUUCUUCACCUGGAAUCUUCGAUCUAUCACUUCCAACAAUGUCCUACCCGAAAACUGAGUCGGUUACGAUGCAUAAGACUUAUUUAACCUUAAUUAGAGAGGAUGCUUUUGAGCAAAACUUUCCAAUCAUAGAUUUAGGAGGAGCUGAAGAUGAAAGUGAUCAUGAGGCCAAAAUAUGUGAUCAGAAUGCUGCCUCUUGA